AUGGCACAAUUUGGAGAGGAGUUGCUGUCAGUUCCUGGCUAUUUGCGGGAGGAGCUCUACAGAACCCUUUUGGCAUAUUGUGACCUGGAGGAAGAUGGAUGUAUGGAGAAGAUGUGUCGCAGCUACUUGGAUCCGGAGUAUGUCUACCUUCUCGAGGGCGUGGACAGUGAAGCUGGAUACUGGCAACUGCAAAGCACCACAGCGGAGCUCCAACAGCUGUUUAAAGAAGAUGCUGCUUUUAAGCUGGUUGGGCGCAUCCGACACCCACACAGGUCUCACGAAAGCGAGUAUGCUGGGGUCAUUGAACUUGCAUUUCGAGGGUCAGAUCGUGUGGCGCACAUGCUGAUUAAUGCGGUAACUUUCCUAGUUGCGACUGAAAUUGGAGGCUGCAUUGGCAAGGUGCAUCAGGGAUUUCAGAUGGCAUAUUUGACCUUGAGGGCGGACAUGCUUCAAAAGAUUGAGGCCGGAUUAACGAACCAAGGGAUCAGCAAGCAAGCAUCAUUGCUCGUUCGGGCAACAGGGCACAGCCUGGGGGGGGCACUGGCAACAUUGUGCUCAUACGACCUCGCCCACCAGCACCAUUGGGAGAAUGUGUCAAUCCAAUGCGUGACUUGGGGUUGCCCCCGCGUUGGAAACAGGGAUUUUGCAAACGCAUGUUAUCAGGCUGUACCCCGAUAUGGCCGGUACAUCAACAAGAUGGAUAUCCCAUCAUGCUGGCCAGGCAAUCCAAAAGACCCACAUGAUUACUACAAUCGUGUGCGAUCAGUCGUGGGUGCGGCUAGCUCACCAUUUUGCGCAUUGAUGAAGGCUACUGACUACCACCAUGCUUGUCCGUGCGUUGUGCUAGAUCCUAACACCAGUACCUCCCUACAUGUGAUGAUUGCUGGUAUGGAGGUGGCAGCAUUUGCACGAGACGGAAAUUCUGCUGCUGCUACUGCCCUUUUAAAGCCCCACUCGGUAAAAGGAUAUGUGGAGGCUCUCGCACAUGCGUUGGAGGCCACGAAGCUCCGAUUGGACAGUGAGUGGGCAAAACUGCCCUCAGUAGGCACUUGGUUGAUGCCGUACCCCGUGGAGGAAGAGUCGCCGAAGCAGGACACCAUUCCGAGCCAAUUCCUCAAGACAGUCAACGCGGAAACUCAGGACUUCCUGAAGUAUGGACUUUCGCUGCUAUCUUCUUUUAAGGGACGUGGUCCACGCGUCCUUCUUGACUGGCAUGAUGACAUCGGCAGAUACAGCAAGCAGCAGCUGGCAGCAAUGGGAGUUGAGCCGAACAGAUUUGAGAAGGUCCCACUGGAGACGAUCUUGAAAUCAAGCUCUGAGUUACUUCACACCGAAGAAGGCCGUUUAUUGUUAAGGCACGCUCAAGAGCAGCUGUUGACCAUGCUUCCCAUGCUCACAGUGGCCGCCCACGAGGAGUCUCGCCAAUCAAAGCAAUCGAGCAAGGUCCUGGCGCAGAUGGAGAAGCACGGUGUGGCUGCAAAGGUUCUGUCAUGGAGCCGCCAGAAGCUCAUGGAUGCUGAAAAAGAUCCCGAGAUGCUGCGCAACCUUCUUGCAUCCUUCAAAAUGGAGAGCCUCACAGAGCUUGGAACAGAAGUGUAUUUGACAAAUGCUGCUCGUCUCCGAUCGAUCACGGACAAGGUGGAUUUCUCGGACACGGUUGCCAGCAGUGCCAAAGGUUUGGGUUUGGUCUUUGAAGAUGGUGUGCUGAAACUGGAUGGGUUGAUUGCCAAGGGGCACCAGUACAUUGAAUCCGACAAGGGCACCGAACUCCUGAGAAAAGCGCAGGAAAAAGCGCUUGAUUUUACCAAAGCAGGCCUUUUUGAACAGGCCAAUGGGUAUAUCCAACAGCUGGAGCAAUCGGAGAACAGCAAGAACAGCAGACAAUUACUGGAGCAAGGCCGCGCCUUGCUCGCGUCGGCUGAAGAUGAUCCGGAUGCGUUGAAGAAGUGGUUGGCUUCUAUUGAGGCAUCAGAAGCAAAUCAAUGGCAAGAGUGGGGUGCCAAGAUGGUCUCCAACAACGAUGGAAAGAGAGAUGAAUUCAUCAAGACAGUGUCUGAUCAGUGCUCUGCCUUUCUGACUGAACAGUUGCGCAUCAUCAAGGUGCCAAAGAUAGAAAGCCCAGCAGAUGGGAGUGCGUACGAGUAUUGCAUUGAUAACAUUGACCUUUCAUCCUGUUCUGUCAGCAAGGAUGGGUUCUUCAUUGAUCUUAAGUCACCACGUGCAGAAGAUGCUGCUGACAUGGAGGGCUCGCCGGUCACAAGUGAGGAAGGGAAGAGACCCGUCAGCAGUGGCGAGAUUUUGCGAGUGACUGCAAAGGACAUCAAGGUCCGCAUACCGGAACUCAAAUGGCAGUAUAAGCAAAAAAAACUUUCCAUACUUCAAUGGGAAUGGCACAGCUGA